CAAGCACUGCUUUCUUAGAAGAAGACGAGACACGUUGUGUAGAAACUUGCAAAAGUGGAGCUGUCUGUUAACGACAAUGUCGCGAAUACUAAACGGUAUCGUUGCAAUGUGUCCUGACCUAGGAAUAGGUAGAGACGGACAUCUGCCCUGGCACCCCAUAAGACUCAAUGAUGAAUUCAAAUAUUUCCGGAAUUUGACAGCAACGUCAUCUAUAUCUGGUAAACAGAAUGUGGUGGUCAUGGGCAGGAAGACAUGGUUUUCCAUCCCAGAAAAAAACAGGCCUUUACCCAAUAGGAUAAACAUCGUCCUGAGUCGACGAAUGAGUGCUCCCCCUGCUGGCGCCCACCAUCUGGCUCCUGAUUUUUUCUCAGCCCUCAAGCUUAUUGACACAGAGCUGUCAGACCAAGCUGAUCAAGUCUGGGUUAUAGGAGGGAGCUCACUCUACAAGGAGUUGAUGCAGAGCCAAGGGACCAGAAGGUUAUUUAUCACGCAAGUUCUGAGACAGUUUCCAUGCGACACGUUUUUCCCUGAAUUUCAUCAAGAUGAGUAUCAUCUGCUGCCUGGGUUCCCAGGAGUACCACAGGGGGUGCAAGAGGAAAAUGGUAUCCAGUACCGAUUUGAAGUUUAUGAGAGUAUUGUACAUUGUUAAUCAGAGUAAAUCACUGAAAAUACUGUAUUGCAUUGUAUCAUUGAGAGCACUGAAUUUGUGUAUUUUUUUUUUUUUACAUUUUAAAGGAAAUUUUAUUUUCAGGCUUAUAUGAGAUGCAGAGCCAAAAGCCCCUUGCUUUUCUUUUAAAGUGUAUCGAAUGUCUAUUUUCUAACACAAAUUAUCUUAUCUAGACAAAAAUGUAUAUUCAACUGUACUAUAAAAUUCAUAACCUUUUCAAUGUUUUUCCCAAAAAAUAUAAGUGUUUAGGAAUUAAAGUCUGUAAACGUUGA